GCAAAACGCGACCCUGGCCCAAGCAGGCAUCUCCCAGCUGCAGUAUGAAUCACCAUGAAAAUGCACAAGACGCCGCCCGGUCUGCGCUUCUUGGCGUGCUCCCACGCCUGCCCAGUCACCGCCAUCAGCGACGUCGUCACCGCCAGCCUUCGCACGCUCGCCGACGCCUUCCGCAACAUGUGGCGUGACCGCAUCGGCACGGAUCCCUGCUUCUGCCUCCACUCUGGCGCGGUCAUGGACUCCGUCUACGCCUUUAAUGUGCAACAGCUACCACGCUCUAGCGUCACCGCGCCCCAGGCUUUCGACUUUGCUCGGCUCUACACCAACAUCCCCCAUGCAGAGCUUGCCGACACCAUGGCGUCUCUCAUCACCGCCACGCUCGCACAUGCCCAGCGCGUGGCCAUCGCAGUGACCGUCACGCCGCCCAAGACGCCCGACGGCCGCCGCAAGUACGAAUUCCUGGUCCUGUUCCGGAGCCAGGUCUGCUCCACGUUCAUCCGGUUCGGCACGUUCGCCCUCGUCCGGCAAACGUGCGGCAUCCCCAUGGGCAUCUCCGCUGCCCUCUUCAUUGCCAACCUCUUCCUCGCAUGGUUUGAGUACUGGUUCUUGACACAGCCCGCCGCCACCGCUCAGCGCCAGCGUGGCUUGCACGCCUUCGAUCUCACCAAGCGGUACCUGCUGGACGACUUGUUGGCCCUCAACAACCCCUUCAUCACCCGCCUCCUCAGCGUGGACCAGCGAUACGCCGGGCUACACGGGCUGUACCCCGCCUCACUGCAGGUGGAGGCGCAGUCGCACCCCCAUCUGCAAGCGCAGCUGGCCGCCGGCACCGCCGCCAUGCCGUUCCGGGACAUCUUGCUCAUCCUGCGCACCACGCCAGCCGGCCACGCGCGCAUCACCACACGCCUGUACGACAAGGCUGGGUGCAGCCGGUGUUUGACGGUGUGCGCCUGUCCCGCUUCAUUGGUACGGACAGCAAAGUCAAUGAAGCCAGCAAGCGCGCGCAACAUCUUCACGGGCCAGUUUCAGCGCCUGCGGCGGCGUGUCGUCACGGAGGUUGAGAACUUCGCCUUUGAGACCGCCAAUCUCAUCACCGCCCUGGCGCGCAUGGGCUACCGGCGGCCCCGCCUCUUGGGCGAUCUUCAGCGCAUGCUGCAGCGCACGCCUGAAGCCUACUACGUGCAACGACUCCAGCGGCACCGCCCCGAAUACGCCGACUUAGUGGGCCUCACCCGCCAGUACCUCGCCGGCCGCCUCCGCUUCGACAGCACCGCCAGCCCCGUGGAAUUGACGCAGUCGCAUUAUUGGUGAUUAUUGCGUUUACUCCUUUCUGUCUAAUUGGU